CACUAUCCACCAUAUAAGAAGAUGAAAACCGCAGAUUGUGGUUAUACAUGUAGUUAUCCUAUAUAGAUAACAACGUAGGACAAAGGUGAACUGAAUCACUUGGAAAUUAUGACAGAUUCUAUUGUUUUAAGGAGUGUUAUUUUCUGUGCUGCCAUUGCAUCGGCCUUUCUGGAAGAGGAUGCUACAUGCCAGAGAACCUUAGAAGAUAAAGUUAAACUUGACCCUUGCCCAGUCAAUGGGAACUGGGCACAAUGGGGAAAUUGGCAAGGAUGUUCUACGACCUGUGGACCGGGUUUGACAAGAAGAACAAGGACGUGCUCAAAUCCGAAACCUUCGAUGCUAGGAAAUGAUUGCCAAGGAGAUGAAACUGAUUAUAAGUUGUGUUUCAAUGACAAUCCUUGCCAGAUUAAUGGCUUUUGGUCGGAAUGGUCAGCAUGGAAUUGUUACAUAUUUGGCGGCAAACGUGUGCGUCAGAGGUCGUGUUAUGGUCCAAUGUUUGGCGGAGUUGACUGUCCCCCGGGAAACAAGACCGAGUUCAAAAUUGAUACUUCAUGUCACUGAUGUUUGCAAUGGGUCUUAUAUCAAUCAGACUAAUAAAGUAUCAACACAGUUUCCAUUUAAGAAACUGGAAAUAAAAGCUAUAUAAAUCUUU